UAUGCCGGAAGUUCGCGGUAUCCAAGUAAACAACAUGGCGGAUGGUGGUAUGCAAAUCAUGGAUACUCAGCCAGUUGAGGAUGGAUUUGUCCACAUUAAUGGAGAGACUCAUGUCCUCAACUAUGACACUAACAUUUUAAAUCUUGAGCAGAACCGGGAAGUGUCCCCAGGUGCAGAUAUUGAGCCAGACAAUGAUAUAGUUACAGGAACAGAAUCUGCUGAUGAGGAAGAGGAGGAUAUUGAGUUAUCACCAGGUGGCAUUUUAGAUGAGGAAACAGUUGGUCGAGGACUAUCUAACCUUGGGCGUUCAGCAGAUGGGGCAAAACAGGUCUACCUGCACUGUACAAUACCUGGUUUCAACCUGAUAGAUAUACAGGCAAUUGCAAAUUAUACAGAACUCCAAAAAAUUGAAUUACCUUAUAAUCAAUUAACAGAUUUAUCACCACUAAGCAAUCUUCCAUUCCUGCUGAUCCUGGAUGCUUCUCACAACAAACUGACCACAGUGCUUGACUUCAAACCACCGAAGAACCUGAAAGAAGUGGACCUGUCAUUCAAUGAAAUUGAGGUCAUGACAGAUCUCUCAGCACACCAUUACCUCACUAAACUCAACAUAGACAACAACAACAUAAAGGACAUUAGAGGAUUAGAGAAGUGUUCUAGAUUGAAGCACCUGAGUCUGGCCCACAACAAGAUUGAAACCAUUCAAGGUCUAGAUUCCCUGCCAAUUCAUUACCUUAACCUGUGUCAUAACAAGCUAACAAGGAUAGAAAACCUGGAAACUUUGAAGGUGAUACAGCAAAUUAACUUUUCUGGAAACAAGAUCCGUAGUUUGAAAGGGUUACAAGAUCAUGACCUACUUGAAUGUCUAGAUCUGGAGGACAAUGAGGUGAUUGACAUCACUGAAAUAAAGUACAUCAAAGAACUGCCAAUGUUGAGACAACUGAACUUGUUACGUAAUCCUAUACAAGAACUUCCUGACUACCGACUUUCCAUACUCUUCCAAAUACAGCGGCUAACAGAGCUAGACAGACAUAAAGUGGAAGUAGAUGAAAAGGUGGCCUCAGUAAACAUGUUUAAUCCACCACCAGAGGUUAUUGCAGCCAGAGAUCACAUCAUGCAUGUUGUCUACUCAUUUCUACAACCUAGCAGAGUCUGGGACAGUACUCUGCCAAGUAUAGAAACACCAUAUCCAAUGUUAGUUCUUGUUGGACCACAGGGGUCAGGGAAGAAGGACCUUGCUUUAAAACUUGUUGAGGAAUUCUCAGACUAUUUUGGUUAUGGUAUCUCACAUACAACAAGAAAGCCACAUAAAGAAGAAACAGCAGGGAAAGAUUACCACUUUGUUACAGAAGAAAAAUUUGAAAUGGAUAUUAAAAUGGGCCAGUUUAUUCAGACUUAUCAGUACAAUGGGCAGUGGUAUGGACUACAGAUGGAAAGUAUAGAAUCUGUGGCCAGGGAGGGUCUGGCCUGUGUGGUCCACAUGGAACUGGAGGGAGUUUUAACGCUAAAGAAUACAUACUUCGAGCCAAGGUAUGUUCUGGUGAUGCCCCUGACCGAGGAAUGCCAUGAGAAACGUCUGAGGGACAGAGGUAUCUACACGGAGAAGCAGAUAGAACAUACGUUAAUGAGAGCGGAUAUGUACAAGACUUACAACCAAAACCAUCCAGGAUUCUUUGACAUGAUGAUCAAUGGUGGUCAAACUGAGGAAUCUGUAGAUGAUAUUCAGGAAGCCUAUAAGCGGUUAAGACGUCUGGUGAUGGAUUACCUCGGUAUUGGUGUGCCGUCCCCACCCUUGUCCGAUACUGGAGACAUGGCAACAGAUGUUCAGCGUGGUGACACAGAUCAGAACCUGACCACUCAGCUAGGGACCAGGACAUGGUCUAAACCUAGUAUGUCAGAUACAAUGUCACAGACAUACAACCGUCCACGUGGAGCUCAGUCACCAAUUAUAUCUGGACGAGGCAUUGUGGAAGAAGCAUCACUGAAAAGAAGACAAAGUGCAGCAAAAGAAGCAGUGAUUGGGGCAGCACCGCCACUUUUUGAACAGUUACUUACAAGUUAUCCAAAGACAGCCCCUCAGAGUGUGGAGGGACAAGUCGGUCUUGGUGUGAGUGAGACGGCAACUACCACAGACCCUCAUCGCUCGUUUUCAGCUCCAAUUGUUAACAAACCACAACGUCCAGGAUCUUCUGACUCAAGUGAAAACCGGUCGGGUGCAAGUUCAAGUCUCACAGGGUUAACAUCUGCUAGUGAUAUCCACAGGGGCGGUUCACCCGAAGCUGCCCCUGCCCAAGGAGCCACAGCACCCCCAAAUACAGAAAAGGGGCCACAACUACCCACAGAGAUGGUCAAUCCGCUUGAACUAAUGAGCGAUACCGGAAAAGAACCCCGCCCACCUUCUGCCCCUCGACCUCAAUCACAGGGGUCAAGAAACAGACCUGGGUCAGAUAAACAUAAAGUGUUACCACCAAUAUCCAAUGGAAGACCCGUAGAACUGAAAUAGAUUUAUUUUUGACUGUCAGUUUGUAAAUAAGAUGCAAAUUCUUGAUUAAUGUCUUUAAAUAUUAAAAGCAAACAAAAAUUAAAUAUUUAAUAUCAUCACAAAGAGCUGUGUUAUUUUAAUAUAACGAUAAGCAUAUAUGCUGCACUUAAAGUUCAAAACCAGUUAUACAUUGACCUGCAACAGAGUUGUCAAUCUAUGCCUUAAUGUUGUCCCUACAUAGCACUCUGAGUGUAUAUGUAUCAAACAAUCCGCUAAUUAAAAACUCAUCGAUGUUGAUUCACUCUGUCACAUUAUCUGCUAAUUUGAAAGAAACAGAAUGAUGAAAAUCAACAGACAACUUCUGCGUAUCCAUGUUUCAACAAACGCUGAAUGGAAGCCUUAUGAUUAAUGAUGUAUACACUAAUUUUUUAACUACAUAUUUGCAAUUAAAUAAUUGUCUAGAAACAGAAACCAGUAGCAAUUCCAAUUCUGAAUAUAACUUUUCACGAUUAAAUUUUCUUUGAUAUCUUUAAUAUGUACCAAAAUAGAGUACAUGUACUGUAAAAUUAGAAAUACACACAAUUAAUUUUUGAUAAUUUUAAUAGUCAUUCUGAUUAUUUUGUGGAAAAUAUUCCUUGUGAAAAUUCUAGUUUCAAUAACUAUAAAAAGGAAAAAAUUAUGUUGUAGAUAAACUUAGAAUGCUUCUAAAUUUUGAAAAAUUUUGGUCAAAUAAACAUCACUGACUGUACAGAAAAACUCUGGGUUUUUUUGGGUGGUCUCCAAACAAAGUUUACUAGAUUACAUUAUCAAGAUACAGAUUUAGACAGAAACGUCAGAAAUGUUUAAUAUACUAAAAGAGCUAUAAAAUUUAUACUUAUUGGAUAUACUAUAUCCCUUACCAUGCUGGACAUGACUGAUUCUACCUUUGCGACCAGUGAAGAUCAUGAUCAGUCAGUCUCUUUUUAAAAGCAUCCCUUUUAACAGUUAAUGGUACUGUCUAAACUGGAAGAUGGACAAGUUCAUUAUAGAAAUUUAGCAAGGUAAGGGUUAUUGCUAGAAAAUAACCAAUUUCUAUGGAACUCUUAUUUACUGUGUUAAUGACUAUGCUUACAAUAUUUUUGUGUUUUCUUUCAAAUUGUGUAAGUUUCUGAUCAUGAGAAAGUAUAAAAUUGUGUGUAAAUGUAUUGUUGCUGAAUAAGUGAGUAAGUCAGUUGUCUGGAAUAUUAAUGUAAAUAUUUUUAACUGUUAUUAUUUUUAUGCCAAUCUGUGAUAAUGUUUAUGAAAAUAAAAAUUUACUAAACAUUA